AUGUGGGGUUGGGCCCUGCUCCCCAUCCUGCUGGCCAUCUGGGGCACCGUGGGCUUCUGGGUGGUAUACGCCAUGUCUGUGGCCAACGGGUCUGUGAACGUCACAGUUGGGUUCCCGUAUAUCAGCACCUGCGGCUCCGACCCUCCCCAGAGCUGCAUCUUCAGUCAAGUGCUGAACGUGGGGGCGUUCCUGGUUGUCUGGAUCAGCUGCCUGAGGUUCCAGCAGGUUCGGGACUGGGGGGGUCCCUGUGCCCUGAACGCCGCUGGCCUCUGCCUGGGGCUGCUCUGCGCCCUGGGAGCCUCCCUCGUGGGCAACUUCCAGCAAAAUAACCAGCUGGAGACUCACUUGUUUGGGGCGUUUCUGGCCUUCAUCGUGGGCGUCGUUUACUUCUGGGUCCAGGCGGUGCUGACCCAUCGGGUGAAGCCGCAGCGCGGCAGGCGCUGGAUCGGGCCAACCCGGUUCUGUCUCAGCGCCGGCAGCACGGCCCUGCUCGUGGCCAGUAUCCUUGGUGUGAGGCUGGGGCUGCGGUCGGAAGCCGCCGCCUGCGAAUGGACCUUGGCCCUGACCCUCUUCCUCCUCUUCGGCCUCUUCGCCGUGGAUUUCCGGCACAUCGAGUCCUGCUCCCUGCGGCUGCAACCCUGGCCAGCCAGCCAGCCGCCCCCACCCACC